AUGGAGGCAGCGUCUGCGCGGAUGGCGGCCAGAGACCGCUUUGGUACCAUGGGAGAUGCAGGCCCCUCACAACUCCAAAGAUACGUCCAACAAGCAUGCAGUCCCGAGAACUUCGAGCCCAACCUGGCGCUCAAUCUUGAGAUCUCCGACCUCAUCAAUUCGAAAAAGGGCAAUGCGCCCAGGGAGGGGGCUGUCGCGAUUGUCAAUUACAUCAAUCAUCGCAACCCCAACGUCUCCUUACUAGCUCUCAGUCUCCUCGAUAUUUGCGUCAAGAAUUGCGGAUACCCAUUUCAUCUUCAGAUCAGUACCAAAGAAUUCCUCAAUGAACUCGUACGGAGGUUUCCUGAGCGCCCCCCGAUAAGGCCCACUAGAGUACAGCAGAGGAUUCUGGAGGCUAUUGAGGAAUGGCGGGGCACAAUAUGUCAGACUUCGCGGUACAAGGAGGAUUUGGGUUUUAUCCGGGAUAUGCAUCGGCUUCUGAGUUACAAAGGAUAUAUAUUCCCCGAGGUCAGGAGAGAAGAUGCAGCUGUUUUGAAUCCUAGUGACAAUCUGAAAUCUGCGGAAGAGAUGGAGGAAGAAGAAAAGGCCGCCCAAUCUGCCAAGUUGCAAGAGCUGAUCCGACGUGGUGGACCCGAAGACCUCCAAGAAGCGAAUCGAUUGAUGAAGAUAAUGGCAGGAUAUGAUACCCGAACAAAAACCGAUUACAGGGCAAAAGCCGCCGAGGAGGUUGGAAAAGUACAGCAAAAGGCAAGAUUACUGGAAGAGAGGCUGGAGGAGUUCAGGCCCGGUGAUAAGAUGACCGAGGGCGAUGUAUACGAAGAGCUGGCCUCGGCACUCCAAAGCGCCCACCCAAAGAUUCAAAAGAUGUGCGAGGAGGAAUCCGAUGAUCAUGAAGCGGUUGCAAAACUUUUGGAAAUCAAUGAUAGCAUACACCGGACAGUGGAACGAUAUAAGUUGAUGAAAAAAGGAGAUGUUGAGUCUGCUGCUAAGAUUGCUAAAGGAACGCUUGGGACGAGCACGGGUGUGGGAAAGAAUUCUGAUAACGAGUUGUCCCUGAUCGAUUUCGGUGGGGAUUCAGAGCCAAAUGGAAGUGCUUCAACAGAACCGUCACCUCCGGCGCAACAACGCCAACCUGGAGGUUUAGAAGAUGAUUUGCUUGGUCUUUCAAUGGGUGAAAGUUAUGGACAGGGUGGUGGAAUUUCUCUUGGAUUUGGGAGCAAUGGUAAUAUUCCCGGUCCUGCUUUGAUAUCCUCAACAUCGGACUACAGUACAGCAAGAGGGCCAACACCUACCACCUCGCCAAACCCAUCACAUCCACAACCGGUCAAACCAGACUAUUCAGCAUUCUCAACUUUUGGAUCCGCAGCACCAACUCCCAAAGCCGCCACCCCACAGCCAUCCUUAUUCCAGCAGCAACAAGCAGGUAUAACAGCUAAGGCUCAACCUCCUGCCCCGUCAAUCGACCCGUUCGCUGCUUUAGCCUCUCCUGUUCGAUAUUCAACACCCCAGCAAGCCCAGCCAUCCAUGUUUGAUUUUGGAAACCACCAAGCACCAGCUGUGGCACCGACAGCUGCUCCUGUAGCUGAUGACGACGAGUGGGCGUUUUCAUCUGCAUUGCCUGAAGCGCUUCCGCCCUCGAAUACUAUCGCUGUUAGUAAUACCAACAUUGGCAUUUCGCUACAUGCGACUCGAGAGGCACAAACGCCAGCGAUUAUUACAUUGUCCUUGACAUUUUCAAACGCAACACCCCAGCCCAUAUCCGAACUGACUUUUAUGGCCGCAGUCACAAAGGGAUACUCGCUCAAGCUCCAGCCACAAACUGGACGACGGCUUCAGCCACACGAACAAGCAGGUGUCAGACAGGUUAUCUACUUGAAUGGAGUAGAACAAGGAAAAGGAGACUCGGUAAAGUUACGUUGGAAAGCAGAGUACAAGGUCGGUGAGCAGCCUAUAAAAGAACAAGGCGAGAUCACAUCGUUAGGUGUGGCAUGA